AUGCGAGAUCGCGAUAGCCGCCUCCCCAUCUCUCCUUCCCGCUUCCCCAUCUCUCCUUCCCGCCUCCCCAUCUCUCCUUCCCGCCUCCCCAUUUUUCCGUUCCCGCCUCCCCCUCUCUCCUUCCCGCCUCCAUCUCCUUCCCGCCUCCCCAUUUCCCCUUCCUGCCUCCCCAUUUCAUUUUCCUGCCUCGGCCAUUCCUCCCCUUACCACCCAUACCCUACCCUCCCCAGCCCCCUCCUUCCACCCCAUUGCUCCCCCUUCCGUCCCAUACACACCCCGUCCCCUCGUUUCCUCCCUAUUCCCCACCCGUCGCCCCCCCUCCCUCCCGUUUCAUGGCCUUAUAUCCAGCGCCAAUCCGCCUUGAGUAGUGUGGUGCCCCCCUGCCGUUACCUUUUUUCCCAUCAUUCCCAUCCAUUCCCGCACUUCCUCCGCUGCCUCAGCCUUCCUGACCCCCCUGCACGAGCGGCGCCUCGCUCCCCGCAGCUGCAAAGCCCUUCUCUCGCCCCGUUGGAGCCGCAACAAGCCAGGCGAUCGCGGUGGAGCUUCACCGUCGUCAACGUGUUCUUGUAUGACGCUCGUGCCAGGCGCCGGCCUUCAUGCACCGAGCUGCAGUGCUGCAGGGUGCAGGUGGUGCCGUGGAGGGGAGGCGAGGGGCGCGCGGCAAUGGAAAAGGGCGAACGGGACAGGAGGGCUGAAGGGGGUGAUGGAGGGGAGCGGGGUUUGGGAAGCAGCGGGUGGGUGGCAGGUGAAGGGCGCGAGGAUGAAGAGGUGGAAGGUGAAACGCGUGAGGAUGAGGAGCUGGCAGGCGCCAUGGCUGCUCUUGGCCUGCCAGUGCAGUUCAGUGGAGGGGCGCGGACUGUGCAGUCAGCACAGGAAGUUAAGGUGAGCAGUGGAAUGAGCAGUGGUGGAAGGCGAAAGGCUGGUGGAAGCAGAGGUGGCUGGCAGGUGGUGCCAUGGGUUGGGUUCCCUUGGCUUGCCAGUGCAGUUCACUUGAAGCCUUUUCUCAUGCCCAUAAUUCGUAUCAAAGCACAAACGUUGAAGUGUUUGUAUUCGUGUGUUCCCAUGAUGCAGCAGCAGGGCGGCGGCAGCGGCGGUGAUGGUGGCGGCGGUGGCGGUGGUGGUGGUUCUGGUGGGGCUCGUGGAGGGAAGAAGAAGAGGCGGGGGAGGAGGAGGGGAGAUGGGCAGGCAACAGCAGAGUGCGCUCCAGAUGCAGGGGUAGAGCGCGGUGCGGAGGGCGUGGCAGGGGUGGGUCCAGCGAUAGCAGUGGAGGGUGGUGCAGAUGCAGCAAGGCAGGCUGCUGCUGAUGGAAGGGAUCUCACAGGGUCAGCGGCGGAGAGUGCUGCAGGAAUGGCAGUGGUUGGGAGCGGUCCAGAGGCAGUGGUGGGUGGCAUGGGGACAGCAGCACGGGUUGCUGCAGAGGCAGAAGUAAUGGCUGUCAGUGCAAACGUGGCAGCGCGUGGUGCUGCGCAGAUGGGCGGAGAGCAGAUGGGGGGAGAGCAGAUGGGGGGAGAGCAGAUGGGGGGAGAGCAGAUGGGGGGAGAGCAGAUGGGGGGAGAGCAGAUGGGGGGAGAGCAGAUGGGGGGAGAGCAGAUGGGGGGAGAGCAGAUGGGGGGAGAGCAGAUGGGGGGAGAGCAGAUGGGGGGAGAGCAGAUGGGGGGAGAGCAGAUGGGGGAAGAGCAGAUGGGGGAAGAGCAGAUGGGGGAAGAUCAGAUGGGGGAAGAUCAGAUGUGGGGAGAGCAGGUGCAAGGGUUAGCAACGGGAGAGCAGGCGGAGGAAGGGCGGGCAGAGGGGGAUUCAUUUGUGGUGGCGGAGGAGGGAGCAUGGCAGGCGGUGUGGGAGCCGCUCUCCCACGGCGUGUACUUCUGCAAUGCUGCCGCCACCAUCACCCAGUGGCACCCACCAGACCACGGCGAGGGGAGUGGGCUUGCAUGCUGGGUGGGAUGGACGCCCCAACAGGCUGUAGCAGGACAGGCUGUAUCUGCAGAGGGAGAUCCCGCACAGGCAGAAACGGAGCAGGUCUUACUUGAGCCGGCUGUAGCAGAGCAGGCUGUAGCAGCGGGGUAUGAGAAGUACUGGCAGCAGCGGUACGGUCUGUUCUCACGGUUCAAUGAGGGCGUUCUAUUGGAUGCUGACGCGUGGCCCCUUGUCACUCCUGAGGCCAUUGCCGCCCACCACUCUGCCAUGUGCGCUGCGGUCAUGUAUUAUGAUGAUGCCACGUGUGCAGGGGUGGAUGCUGCCACGUCAGCAGGAGGCGGUGGUGCUGCCGCAUCGGCAGGAGAUAGCAGCGCUACGUGUGCAGAUGAUGGUGCUGCCACGCUUGCUGCUGCCAUGUGUGUUUCUGCCACGCGUGCUGCACUGUUAAGCUCUGAGGAAGAUGCACUAGAGCAGAGGGGAGUCCGAGUAACAGCCGGGGAGGAGGAGGGGAAGGAAGGAGGGGAGGGAGAGGUGAACAGGGAACGGGAUGCGAUGGGCAGACAAGAAGGAGAAGAGGAACCAAGAGAUGGUUCCUUGGGCGAAGGGAGGUGUGGGAGUGGGAGUGAAGCACGCAUGGAGAGUUGUGAGCACGCAGCAGGCACGAGGGGUGCAGCAGACGUGGGGGGUGUUGAAGGCGUGGAGGGUGGGGCAGGCGUGGUGGUGGAUGCCUUCUGUGGUGUGGGCGGCAACACCAUCCACCUCGCCAAGCUCUGCCCCCACGUGCUGGCGGUUGACAUGAGUGUGCCUCGCCUGGCCAUGCUGCACCACAACCUCAGCAUCUACGGCCCCCAUCUGCCCCGUCGAGUGGAUGCGCUUUGCGCCGACUUCCUUUCCAUUGCGCUGCGGCUUAAGGCUGAUGUGGUCUUCCUGUCCCCCCCAUGGGGUGGCCCGGAGUAUCUAGACCAAUCAGAGUACGACAUCUGGACCAUGCUGCAGCCAGUCAGCGCCUCCGCCCUGCUGCAGCUGGCACUGAGCAUCGCCCCCUCAGUGGCCAUGUACCUGCCUCGCAACACUCCCAUCCACCACUUGGAACAACUCGCUCGCUCCAUCACGCCUUCUGGUCCCUGCCUGGUGCGUCACUCGUGA